ACGGUGCCGUCGCCUCACGAUUGUAUAUUAAUUAGCGUGAUGUUGAUAAAACAAUCUUGAUUUUGUUUUGUCUUCUUUCUUUUGAAAACCCUUCGCAUUAAUUCCACAGUAUAAGCCGUUCUUUUAUUAGGAUAAAAAUGGUGACAGUGCGGGUUUCAGCGUUGUCUUUGUCGCGGAGGGGGGUCAUUGUUUGUCGGCCUCGGCUUCACCUUGGGGUACGCUGCGCAAAAAGUGCACCACCAUUGAUUCGACCCGAUAGCAUUUUUGGCGCAAGAUAUUCAACUGGACCGGGUGAAAAACCGUCACUAGCCCCGAAGAUUGAGCGCGGAGGCUCCAAGCUAUUCAAGAAUGCAGAUGAAGCUGUAGCUGAUCUCAAGAGCGGGUCUACCCUACUCAGUUCUGGAUUUGGUCUUUGCGGCGUUGCAGAAACUCUUAUAUCGGCCAUUCACCGUAGGGGGUAUGGCAAUCUCCACUCCCUGACGGCAGUCUCAAACAACGCCGGCGCACCUGGGAAAGGGGGGCUUUCGACACUUACCCAAGCUGGUCAGGUUAAUCGGCUGAUUCUAUCCUACCUUGGAAAUAAUAAAGCCCUUGAGAAGAAGUAUUUGACUGGGAACAUCGCGAUUGAGCUGUGCCCUCAAGGCACAUUAGCCGAACGGUUGCGAGCAGGAGGUGCUGGGAUUCCGGCCUUCUUUACACCUACAGGAGCCCAUACCUUACUCCAGGAUGGAAGGAUCCCGGUUCGCUUGGAAGCAUCUGGCAAAGUGCUGGAGCACGGGACUCCUCGGGAGAUUAGAACUUUCAAUGGUAAAACAUACUUGAUGGAAACAGCAUUGACCGGGGAUGUGGCGAUUCUGCGGGCUUGGAAAGUAGACGAAGCCGGGAAUUGUGUUUUCCGUUAUACCACCAAGGCAUUUGGACCUAUUAUGGCAAAAGCGGCCACACUGUCCAUUGUGGAAGCGGAAAACAUUGUGCCCAUUGGCUCCAUAGAUCCCAAUGACGUUGAUUUGCCGGGCAUAUUUGUGGAUAGAGUGGUCCCGGCCACGGAUGAGAAGCAUAUCGAACUCAAGAAGCUUCGAUCGGCAGAUGAUGAGCAUGAAGCGAAAACGGACAAAGAUGCCGGAAUGACUCAAAGAAACCUGAUUGCCAGGAGGGCUGCAAAGGAGCUCAAAAAGGGCUAUUAUGUAAAUCUGGGUGUUGGAAUUCCCACACUGGCUCCGUCUUUUUUGCCUGAAGGCGUCAAUGUUUGGGUUCAGUCGGAGAAUGGAAUAUUGGGCAUGGGACCCUACCCAACGGAAUAUGAAGUUGAUCCGGAUGUCAUCAAUGCUGGGAAGGAAACUGUUACCCUGAUCCCGGGUGCCGCUACGUUUGAUAGCACCGAGUCAUUUGGUAUGAUCCGGGGUGGACAUGUGGAUGUGUCAAUCUUAGGGGCCCUGCAAGUCAGCGCCAAUGGCGACUUGGCCAACUACAUGAUUCCUGGCAAGGUUUUCAAGGGAAUGGGAGGAGCCAUGGAUUUGGUUUCCAAUCCUGACAAGACCAAAAUCGUGGUGGCCACUAGCCAUACUGCCAAAGACGGAUCGCCGAAGAUCGUGCCGCAGUGCAGCUUGCCUCUGACUGGUGCGAACUGUGUCAGCACUAUCAUUACAGACCUGUGUGUCUUCCAGGUGGACCGGAGCAAAGGAGAGCUUCUGCUGACUGAACUGGCCCCUGGCGUAGAGGUUGAAGAGGUUCAAAGCAAGACUGGAGCCAAGUUUACCGUUGCAGAAAACCUGGGGCUUAUGGAAUAGAUUACAUUAAUCAUUGACUGCCGGCAGUUUGCUGAUUGUUUCUCUGUUCUUUAAUGUUUGAUUUCCACCGUGACUCUUGAAUCGUUACUUGCCCAGUACUUAUAAACUGUAUUUCUAUA